AUGUCAGCCGAGCUUACCUUGGAGUCGAGACUGCCUCUGCCAUCGAGUGACGCUCAAAUACCCGUCCUUGGUCUCGGAGUUUGUGUGUCGUCCAGAUGUGAAGAAUCCGUCCUGUCUGCACUCAAGCAGGGAUAUCGCAGUGUCGAUACUGCCCAGAUCUACUACAAUGAACGCGAGACUGGCAGUGCCGUAAACAAAUUCUUGUCCCAGAACCCUUCAGUCAAGCGUUCGGAUAUCUUCGUAUGCUCCAAGCUAUGGGAGGUAGACCUCUCGAGAUCUGAUAUGCCAACCUCAUUUGACGAGCUGUGCAAUGCUGGACCAUGGCCAUUGAACAGUCUCGAAGCCGGCCACACCACAUACUCAAAGGAAGCAGCACUCGAAGGCAUCAACAAGAGUCUCAAAACCUCUGGACUUGACUACCUCGACCUCUACCUCCUUCAUAACCCUCGUCCUGGUGCUAAAGCACGCCAUCAAGCCUGGCUCGGACUCCAAGAGGCACUCAAAUCUGGCAAGACAAAGGCCAUUGGUGUCAGCAACUGGUCUCCCAAGCAUAUUGAGAAUCUUAUGGCACACUCUGAUGUCGAUGUCUUGCCCGCUGUGAACCAGAUUGAAUUUCAUCCUUGGAACCAACAGCGCGUAAUCACGGACUACUGCCGCUCGAAAGGCAUCGUGGUGACAGCAUACUCGCCAUUGACCCAGGGAAAGCGUCUCGGUGACCCUGUUAUCAAGAAGAUCGCUGAAAAGCAUGGCAAGACUGCUGCUCAGAUUGUUCUGCGUUGGUGUUUGCAAAUGGGCAUCUCCAUCAUUCCCAAGAGUGACCGUGAUGCCCGCAUUGCUGAAAAUUCGGACGUCUUCGGCUGGUCACUUGAUAGUGAGGACAUGUCUGAGAUUGAGAAGUUGGAUGAGGGACAGAAGGGCAAUAUUGGGGAGUGGGAUCCAUUCGCCUAUGAGUGA